AUGGGCCCAAACCACAGCGAUCGCUAUGCUGCGUUCACAAAAGAGUCGCCUCCCCACGUCGGCGUCGGCGUCGGCAUCGAAGGAUCUCCUUCGUGGGUAUCGACAAGAGAGAAGUCAGCGUCCAGAGAGAAGGAAGGAUUGGAAGAAGAGGGAAGUAUUGAUUGGAAGAAGAGGAAGACAUUGAACUGUGAAUUGGGAUCGAAGAUUUUUGCCUUGUACAUUAGAAAAAAUAUCAUGUCUGCAGCAGUUGAAAUGAUUGGUCAGCAACUGAUCAAUGACGUUCAAAAUCUCUCGAUCCAGAAUGAGAGUGAAGUGAAGGGGAAUUGUACAGCACCACCAGAGGAGGAAAUUCAUCAAGCUGGGUGUGAGACUAACAAUAUUAAUAACAUUAAUCAUCAUGGGAUCUGUGCAAUAUGUUUGGAUAAGAUAGCUCUUCUAGAAACAGCUCUUGUAAAAGGUUGCGAGCAUGCCUACUGCAUAACAUGCAUCCUGCAGUGGGCCUCUUACAAGGAGGAACCUUUGUGCCCUCAGUGUAAAAAUCCAUUUGAAUUUCUGAAUAUCCAUCGCUCACUUGAUGGAAGCGUUCACCGUUAUAUGUUCGAGGAGAGUGUAUUGCUUCUUCUAGGGGCCUCAUGGUUCAAGCCUUUGGUUGUGGUGGAUCAAGAGGAGGUGGUUGUUGAAGUGGAAGAUUAUCAUUAUUACGAGGAAGAUGAUGAGGAAGAAGAUCUGGAUGAUGUUUACUUUGGCAGUUCCUCAAGUCGCCGCAUUGGUAACCGGAGAUGGGGAGACAAUGGAUAUGUUAGGGGUGGACGGCAAGAAGCAAGACCAAUUCAUAGGCUGAACUUCCAGGAUUCAGGUGCUGGUCCAUCUCAUCAGCCUAAAAGGAAAGAGACUGCUAAAGAAAUAGUUGGCCGACGUGCGAAAAGGGCGUUGAAACGGGAAGCUGCUGACAAGGCUGCUGCAGCGAAGCAUGAACGACAUUUGAUGAAGUUAGGAGUGGAAGAAGUUGAAUUGUCAAGCAAAGAAAAAUCACCAUCUUUACCAACUAACAUCAUCAUCCACCCUUAUGAUUCUUCUAUUUUCCAUUCUUUCUCACCUACUGCUAACCCCCUACUUAUCAACUUGCACUUGUUGAAUUAUCCUGAGCUUUCACUGUUGUGUACAAGAGAUUGA